AUGGAACCCCGAUUCCGGCGAACCGUUUCCGCCAAACUGCUGAAGCUGCUCGAGCCGGACAGCAAAGAUGAGGCCCCAAAAUCGAAAAAGUUUUCCGGCGGCUCCGACAAAAGAAAACGGCGGAUCGACGCGAUUCGGAAGCUUGGGCGGAGCAUGAGCGAUCGUCUCAUUGCUUGCCCCACCCCACCUGGAGACGACACCCCAGCCGCCUCCCAAUCCCCCGACUGCUCCUCCCUAUCACCACAAGAAGGCGCUCGGCUGUCGGCCAAAAAGAAAUAUUUUGCGGAGAAGACACCAAAUAAGAACAUCUUCAGCCGAUUUCUCCACCCAACCUUCCAUCAACGAUCUAUCCAAUUCCGGAAAAUCUUCUCCGGAACGGUGCCGGACGAUGAUCGGCUGCUAUAUUCCUUCUCCUGCGCGUUCCAACGUGAGAUUCUGGCGCAGGGCCGGAUGUUUAUCAGCCAACAGAACGUGUGCUUCUAUGCGAAUAUAUUCUCGUGGGAAACCCUAUUCGCCAUCCCAAUCAAGGAGAUUGCCCUCAUCACCAAGGAGAAAGCAGCCUAUAUUUUUCCAAAUUCGAUUCGGAUUGAAACAAAAGGCGAGCGCUUCUUCUUCGCCUCGUUUAUCAACCGUGAGAAGACGUUCACCGUGCUCGACACGGUCAAGAGGAGCGUCCAGGAAGACAAGCCAAUUUCACCUGAAGAGCUCUGGGAAUUGAUGAACCCAGAGGAGGAAGAGCAGAAAUUUCCCUCCGAAUGCCCAUGCGAGUCUCAUUUUGGUCGGCUGAUCAUGGACCGCACCUUCGAGUUUCCGGUAGACGAACUGUACACGCUCCUCUUUACGGACACGCCCUGGUUCCGGCGCUACAACGAGCAGAUGAAGAAUACCGGCUACGCAGCGUCGGAUUGGAUGGCCGACAAGGAGAAUGGGCGUCAGCGGACUGUAACGUACACCGUGGCCCUGAAUCAUGCCAUGGCGCCGAAGAGCUGUACGGUCACUGAGACACAGGUCUGUGCACACCUGGCUUCGGAUGGAUUCGUCGUUCGGAAGGAGUCUCACAACGCCGGUGUCCCAUACGCUGACUCUUUCGCUGUUCUUGUUACCUAUUGUGUGACAAAGGUAUCCCCUACCACAUCUCGAUUCCGAAUCCAUGGCGGGAUUGAUUACCGGAAAAGCAUAUGGGGAAUGAUUAAAACAAUGAUCGAUAAGAACACGAAUCAAGGUCUCGAUGAUCACUACGCAGCGAUGGAACAUGCAUUGGAUGAGGAAUUGGAGAGGAGAGAUCAUGUGGAGGAUGAGAUAGGUGAAGAAGCAACAACUUCUGAUCUAAUUCCUCGCAUCAUUGAACCCGAAGGCAACAACACCCUCCACCCAAUCCAUCGAAGAGACCGUACCCCAAUGUUCCCCCGGUCGAUCUCGGUGGCCGCCUCUCGGGUCAAUUAUUUUGACGAGGAGGACGACGUCUCCGAGGUUAUCCCCAAAAAUGAUCGAACCGCGAAGAUUGUCGUGGUUUUGUUGGCUUGCAUUCUCUUUGUCAACAUUAUUUCCUGUUGGUUUCAAUUUCGCGCCGGGACCCCGGGCCAAGACGCCACUGCUCAAGUCAGCUUGGAAAGCUUAAGUCAAAUGGUGAAACAAAUUUCCGACGAGCUACAACUUCUAAAAGCAAAGCGAACCGAGCUG